AUGGCAAAAUCAGACCGCAUAAAUAAGAUAAGGAAGAAGCAGACUUCACACGGACAUAAGCACUGUCACCAACACAGACUUCAUUGUUUUUUUUGUGAUAUUAAUUAUCUUGUUGCAAAAUUUUUUUUAUUAUUCUUUAAAAAACCAGAACCUGACAGAGGCAGAAAGAGUUACAACAUGCCAGGCACUAUUAUAAAAUGGAUGUGGAGUAAUAAUAACGGAGUAGGCACAACAUUGAAGUUUGUUUGCUUGAAUAUAGCUGAAUAUUUGUUGCUCCUAUCGAAGAGAAAGCAAGAAGGGAGUGUGUUGGAAGAAAAAUACGGGCAUGUGUUGGGUGAGUGUGGAGGUGAGACUGAGGCAACGAAGAAGAAAUUGAAGAAAAGAAUUCAUCAGACAGGAAGUGUCCUAGACCUCAUUGCAUCAUCGCCCACUUAUUUCCAUUUGUUCUGUGAAUGUUGA